AUGGCUUUCACCCUGUACUCGCUGCUGCAGGCAGCCCUGCUCUGUGUUAAUGCCAUCGCCGUGCUGCACGAGGAGCGCUUCCUUAAGAACAUUGGCUGGGGAACAGACCAGGGAAUUGGCGGAUUCGGAGAGGAGCCAGGAAUUAAAUCUCGGCUAAUGAACCUUAUCCGAUCUGUAAGGACUGUGAUGAGAGUGCCAUUGAUAAUAGUAAACUCAAUUGUAAUUGUAUUACUUUUAUUAUUUGGAUGAAGAUCAAUGAGAAGAAUGGAGACUCAGAAGAAGAGAUGCUAUCAGAAGUUAUUACUACUUCGGUCAUUAUUGGAAAAUAGAUACCUUUGCUGGCCAACCUUGCACUUG